AUGCAGAACGCAUCUUCGGCUCAGCAAAACCACCCACAUAAUGCACCCAAUGAGGACCGCCAGCCGCCCCUCCGUAUCUUGCAGCGAACGUCUGCCGAGGCAAAAGGAUCAGGGGACCAACACGUCCCCUUCACCGCAGUACAACACUUCGAGGCCCCGCCCAACGUCGCAGCGUCCAGCCAGCAAGUCCACCACACUAACCAGCGGACACGUGCGGCCGCUGCAUAUGCAACAGCCGGCGGCAGCGGCGACCCAGAUUGGCCACACAGAAAUCCUGGGGACCGUGACAGUGGACGUGGCAACAACGGAGGACGUGGGCCUGAUGGUGGAGGGAAUAGUGGAGGCCGCCGCGAAGGUGCUGGUGGAGAGGGCCGGCGGGGUGGUGAUCGUGAUAGGGACCGACGAGACGAUCGCCGACGAGAUGAGAGGAGCCGUGACGGACACCUCAGCCCCGUCCUCCAGGAUGUGUUCGAGAGAGAAGAUGAUGACUUGGGCAGGGAGUGGGAGGAUAUGGUGGCUCGCGAGCGCGCGAAUCGAGCGCAUGAAGAGAGGCUGCGACGAGAGGAGGAACGUGAGCAGCGGCGGCGGGCGAUGAAAGAGCUGAAGCCGUCCCCUUUCAGUGGCGAUGAUGGGAUGCCGGCAAAGGAGUGGUUGAGAGAGUUGGAAAUGUGGUUCGACGAGGCUGCCGUAGUCAUCCAGAUGAGGCCGCAGAUGUUCCACAAGCAGCUCAAGCCAGGAAGCAGUGCAGCCGCUUGGUGGUACAACUUGCCAGAGGUGACUCCCGGCAGCUGGAAUGAGCUGCGGGAGGCAUUCAUCGAACAGUACGUGCCACGCGCAAUCUCAGACCUCAUCUAUCGACAAGACCUGAAGCGGAUGCGGAUGGAGGACAAUGAGACGAUCGAUGCAUUCACCAAGCGUUUCAACAUCCAAUGCACGAAGGUCAAUGGCCUCACCGAUGACGAGAAGAGGACGAACUAUCUGUCCGCAUUGGCUCGACCGGUGUACAACGCCAUGAAGCCGUUGCUGAUUGGGAAGAACGACCAGGAGAUGAAGAAGGUCAACUAUGCCUACCUCUGUAUGCUCGCCCGCGAGGCAGCACCUGAAAAAUACCGGAAGAGCGACACUUCAGAUACAGCUGACCGUGACAAGCGCCCCAACAAAUCGAGCAAUCGCCGCGGCGACAAACCUCCACGCCCUCUCUUCGCCGCAACGAGCACCGACAACGCUCUCGCCUCACUAAUGGCCGUGACGACCCCCGCACUGCUUGCAUCACUGCAGCAGCCCGCCACCAUAGCAGCCAAACAGGACGAUAGUGAGGAUGAGGAUCAAAGGGAAGAAUAUGAGGAGGAAGAGGAGGACGACGACGACGAGGCGGAUGAGUUGACCACGGGCAAGACAUCGAUUGGCAGCACCACAGCCGACCAACUCACAGCUGCCCAGGCAGUGGCUGCCCUCCAGCUGAAUGCCCUUAGCAACCCCAUGCUCGCCCUCGCAAAUCCUCUGGCUGCCCUUGCCAAUCCAUUCGCUGCUCCACUGGCGGCUCCGCUCGCCGCUCUCUUCAACAAACCCCAAGGCCUCUCAGACACUCGACUCGACGAACUCUGCAGACAGAACCCAAAAGCCAAGGACAAUCUGAAGAAGUUCCCGUGUGAGCACUGUGGACACCCAUCCCAUUCCAUGAUGACCUGCAUCAAGCUCAAGAAGCUGCUCGUGGAGGCAUGCGACGAUCCAUCGCGACGUCAGUCUGGCCCGCAGAGAGGAGGCGCACCCGACAAGCCCACCAAGUCGCCGCCUCCUCGCAAGCCACCUGAGGAAAACGAGAAGCCUUCGCGCCCCUGA